UAUUUUGAGGUGGUCGUAUCACAGCUGUUGUAUCUGUGGUGGCAGCCUGUCCCAAGCCCCUCGACACUCUUCCUUUUCCCUCUCCGGCCCUUGGUCCUGACACCGUUUCCCUCUCAGUACUAGCUCAGAAUAAUGGAGGCUUGUCCUGCAACAACGGGUCCGGAGGCGUCGCCAGCCGAGGGUCGGCACAUUGACCUGACAGAGGACCUGGGCCAGCAGCUGGAGGACAUCAUUAGCACCUACCAGGCUGACGAGAUUCCCGCUGAGCCAGAGGACACAGAGGAGGUCACAACCGUCAAAGAGGCAGACACCCGCAAGGACCAGAAACUGGAGAAGAAAAUGCUCAAAAAUCUAGGGAAGGAAGCCAUGCUGCUGAUGCAAAGUCUAAACAAACUCAACACUCCCGAACAAAAACUGGAAGCAAUCAUCAAGAAGCACGCUGAGCUGUUGGAGGAGCAUCGGAGUGACCAGAAGCAGCUGAAGGUUCUGCAGAAGAAGCUGCUCCAGGUCAUGAAGGAGAAGGACCAGCUGCAGAGCGAGCACAGCCGGGCUGUGCUGGCUCGCAGUAAACUGGAGGGACUCUGCCGAGAGCUGCAGAGGCACAACAAGACCUUAAAGGAAGAGACGCUGCAGAGGUGCAGAGAGGAUGACCUGAAGAGGAAAGAGAUCACCACCCACUUCCAGGGGACGCUGAGUGAGAUUCAGGCCCAAAUCGAGGAACACAGCAGCCGCAACACCAAGCUGUGCCAGGAGAACAGCGCUCUGGCAGAGAAACUCAAGGGACUCAUUUCACAAUACGACCAGCGAGAGGCGAACCUGGAAAAGGUCUUCAAACACAGAGACCUAAAAGAGAAGCUGCUGGAAACCAAACUCACGCAGGCCAACAUGAUCCUGAAGGAGGCGGAGGAGAAGCACAAGCUGGAAAAAGAGCUUCUGCUAAAACAGACAGCCGAGCAUAAAAUGAAAGUGAAGGUCAUGAAGGAGCAAGAAAUCGAUAUGAAGACCCAGCUCGAUAUGUACUCCAAGAAGUUUGAUGAAUUCCAGGGCACGGUAUCAAAGAGUAACAGUGUCUACAGCGACUUCAAACAGGACAUGGACAAAAUGGCAAAGAAAAUGAAAAAGCUGGAAAAAGAGUGCCAGUCAUGGAAGACUCGCUUUGAUGGCUGCAACAAGAGUCUCCUUGACAUGGUGGCAGAUAAAGCAAUCAAGGAAAAGGAGUUCGAGCUCAUCACCAUCAAGAACCAGAAGCUUGAGAAUCUGUGCAGGGCUUUGCAAGAGGAGAGGAAAGGUCUUUAUGAGAAGGUGCAGGCAGCUGGAGGUCAACCAGACAUCAAAACUACUGAACCAACUGAGAAAGAGGGCCCCCAAGAGUUGGAGACCCCUAAAGAACCUAAAGACGAUAAACCCGCCCCUCCCUCUGCAGCCCCCGUCGCAAAACCAACACCUGAAACUCCACUGACCAAGGAACUGGCUAAAGUGAAGGCUGAGCAGGCCCGUCUGAAGGAGAUCGCCGGCUCUUUCACAAUCUCUCACGUUAUACCCACAGAAACAGUCGUUAGCCAAUCACAAGAACUCUCUGAGGGCGUCCAGGAGCCAGAGGAGAGUGACAGUACCGGCGAACAUCUCCAGGAAGUCUUAGAGCACGGGUGCCAAGAACAGAGAGAUUUGGAGAUGGAGUCAGUUGAUUAAUGCUGCGACUAAUGUGGAAAAGAAAUCUGGCUCGUGUGAGAUUCAGAGCAAUAAAAAGAGAAAUGCUG